AUGGUUAAUUAUCUGUUGAGAAGAAGAUACGUGGCUCCAGAGAUUUCUUUUGAUCUCAUGAUCGAAAUCCUGAGUAGAUUGCCUGCUAAAUCGCUUAUGAGGUUCAAGUGUGUCUCAAAGCUAUGGUGUUGUCUGAUCCGCUCUCGAUAUUUUAGCAACCUUUAUCUCAUGGUCUCAUCAUCGCAACCGCGACCACUUGGUCUAUACAUGAGUUUGUAUAUGAGUUUGGAUUUGGUGAGACACUGCAUGUGUGAUUCAAUGGAGAUGUAUGAACUGCUAUCAUUAAGGUUAAUGUCGUCUAGUAGUAGUGCUGAAUCAUCAUUAGAACCAGAUUUGACUUUCCCAGGGAUGGGAGGAUACAGGAUGGUGUCUCUUCGCGGUUUGAUUUUAUUCACUAUUUGCAGAAAAGCAUGUAUCUAUAAUCCCGCCACUAGACAGAGUUUAACCUUACCCACCUUCAAAUCUAACCUCUUUGCGCAACAAGAACCUUAUAAGCAUGUCCACUACUUUUUCGGACACGAUCCUGCUCUUGAUCAAUACAAAAUAGUCUGUAGUGUUAUGAUAGCCUCGUCAUUCUCUGAGAUGCUAUUCUCCGAGUUUUGGGUCUUCGUAUUGGAACCCGGAGGUUUUUGGAAAAGAACUGAGUAUGAUGCUCAAGCUCACCUUCCUACAAGACAAGGACUCUGCAUCAAUGGAGUUAUAUAUUAUCUGGCUUUCAAUCAUACACGUCGCUAUCACGUUUAUUGUUUUGACGUUAGGUCUGAAGAUAUCCGUGUGAUCCAAGCACCCCAUGCAGUGCCUCAGUUUUGUAUUUCCUUUGGUUUCAUAGAGCAUGGUGGAAAACCAGCAAUCUUUGACUAUUCACGUAUUACAGAAACGGGUGUCUCGGAGUUGUGGGUGUUGGAGGUGGAUGGUGGAAUAUGGUCGAGAAAAUCUCUGGUUUUGAAGCUUUGUCAGAAGCAUUUAGUGGAUGACAUUGACCAUAAUAAGAAGUUGAUUGUUCAUGGUACGGGUGAGAACAAUGAGGUUAUCUUGGCGUUGACUUGUCCUUGUUACCUUCUCUAUUACGAUCUGAUGAAGAAUGAUGUGAGGAAGGUUAAUAUCAAUAGAGUGACAACGCCGCAUGUGUGUAUCAAGGUUCUGGAUAAGUGUGAAAGCAUCAUGUACUUGGAAAUUUGA